AUUUCAAAACUCUCUAUAAAUCACCCUCGCAAACACCUCAACCCCACACAACUACUAUCACCAUCACCCAAAAACCAGCAAACCCACCACACCUCUCUCUCCAAUGGCUCGUACCAAGCAAACUGCCCGCAAGUCCCACGGCGCGGCAAAGCCCCACGAAAGCAGCUUGCCACAAAGGACGGCAAGGAAGUCGCUGCCCGGGCGACGGGAGGAGUGAAGAAGCCCCACCGUUUCCGUCCCGGCACAUGUGGCUGCUCCGAGAAAUCAGAAAAUACCAGAAGGAGUACUGAGCUUCUAAUCCGAAAGUUGCCUUUUCAGAGGCUUGUUCGUGAGAUUGCUCAGGAUUUCAAGACCGACCUGAGGUUUCAGAGCUCUGCAGUGGCUGCUCUCCAAGAGGCUGCGGAGGCAUACUUGGUGGGUUGUUUCGAGGAUACCAAUCUCUGUGCGAUUCAUGCUAAGAGGGUUACGAUUAUGCCCAAGGAUAUGCAGCUUGCUAGGAGGAUUAGGGGUGAGAGAGCUUGA